CCCUGCCUCGUGGCGCUAUAAAGACUCGGUCCUCGCGAGCUCUUCAUCGCUUCAACAUGUCACGGACAGCAUUCUUCCUGAGCCUGCUGGCCGUCGGCCUAGCUGACGUGCCCACCCUGUACCAGCACUACACGCAGGGAGGGAUAUCGUCCGGUCUGACCACCUACCCCGAGGGCUUCCUGCUCAACGGGAGGAACAUCACAGUGAUCAGCGGCGCCAUCCACUACUUCAGGGUCCACCCGGAGCUGUGGCGCGACCGGCUGAGGAAGCUGCGGGCUGCUGGCUUCGUCGCCGUGGAAACGUACUUGCCGUGGAACCUCCACGAGCCUCGGCCGGGGGAGUUUGACUUCGGCGACGGCGACCACGACAUGUCCAUGUUCCUGGACAUGGAGCGGUACCUGCGGAUCGCCCAGGAGGAGGACCUGCUGGCCAUCGUGCGGCCCAGCCCGUGGAUCGAGGCCGAGUGGGACACUGGCGGCGUGCCGAGCUGGGUGCUGCGCGACCGGCGCGUGAGGCUCCGCAGCUCCAACUCCAUCUUCAUGGAGUACGUGACCAGGUACUACGACCAGGCGCUGCCCCGACUGCGUCGGCUGCAGUUCACCGAGGGAGGACCCGUCAUCGCGCUCCAAGUGGAGAACGAGUACGGGCUGAUAGCGAAGGGCCAGAAAAACCCCGACACCGCCUACCUCGAGCAGUUGUACCAGCAGAUGGUGAAGCACAACCUCACCGCUCUCAAGUUCACGAUGGACAACCCGCUCCGCUCCUACAAGAACGGCUCCGUGCCGGGAGUGCUGAUGACUGCCAACUUCGAAACGAAUCCAGUUGCCCAGCUGACGGAACUGAAGAGGCAGCAACCCGACCAGCCGCUAUGGGUCACGGAGUUCUACCCCGGGUGGUUCGACAAUUGGUUCGACAGCCAACACUUCACCAAAAGCACUGAAGUUUUCAUAAACACCACUCGUGAUAUCCUAGACAUGGCAUCAUCUCUCAACUUGUACAUGUUCCACGGCGGCACAACAUUCGGCUUCUUGACUGGUGUCGUACACCAUCCACAAGGCACCCCUACCAUGAAGUUCCACGUCAGCAGUUAUGAUUUUGACGCACCCCUCUCCGAAGCAGGCGACUACGGGAAAAAAUACAAUGCCACAGCUGAACUGAUCAAAAAGUACUUGAAGGUGGAAACCAAACUACCGCAAAGGCCUCGCGAGAGCAUCAAAGAAUCUUAUGGUACAAUUCCUUGUACUGGACAGCUUACUCUAGACCAACUGAUACACCAAGUGGCAUCUGAAGAUCGCGUCCAGUCGGAGAAUGUGGUAGCGAUGGAACUCCUGAGCAUCAACAAUGGCAGCGGACAGAGCUACGGCUUCGUGGUGUACAGGAAAAGGGGCCUGGAUAUACCGCAGAGUUCUGUCCUCAAGAUCACUGGCUAUGUUUACGACAUGGCUGUCGUCUUGGUUGACGGCAACCGCAAAACACAAGCCGUUACGAAGCUCGAAGACGUCACCAAAUUCGGCUGUUGGCAAUUGGAUGACGGCGAACUGGCGCUGGACGCAGACAGCAGCGGCUCCAACAAGACCCUGGACAUCCUCGUGGAGAAUAUGGGUCGCAGAACCGCCAAGAAGGGCCUCUACGAUGGCAACGUACUGCUCGGGGAACGGGCGAUACAAGACUGGGAGAUCGUGGCCUUGCAGUUCCACACCAGCUGGGUGAAGAGGUUGUCAGGCUGGCGACAGGUGUCCAAGACAACUGGCCCCACCUUAUUCAGAGCCGUCCUGAACAUCUCUACACCCCACGACACUUUCAUAGACAUGUCCAAGUGGGGGAAGGGAAGCGUCUUCGUUAACGGGUUCAAUAUUGGACGCUACUUCAGUGUGGGCCCCGCACACACUUUGUACGUGCCUGCACCGUUACUAUGCAAAGGAUCAAAUGAGAUUGCGGUGUUUGAACUAUACACUCCAGCUUCACAAAUCACCUUCACCACCAUACCAAAACUAAACAAUAAAUAAAUUGAAUAUGGUUUUUCUUGUUAAAGUACAAUUUAGUGAUGGUCAAAUGUAUCCAUGAAUAAUAAAAUAAACAGCCUCCCAUUUUUU